AUGGACGCCUCGCGAGCUCUCGCUCUCCUGCUCCUCUGCCUAGCGCUCCCGCUCGUCGCGCCGGCGGCCGCGGCGGGGUGCGACUGCGGCGCCAAUGCGGCGGACGCCGCCGCCGCGGAGGAGGACGCGAGCGGGGCGCUGCGGCUCAAGUUCGUGGCCAUCGCGUCCAUCCUGGCGGCCGGGGCCGCAGGCGUGCUGGUGCCCGUGCUGGGCCGCCGCUCCGCCGCGCUGCGCCCCGACGGCGACGUCUUCUUCGCCGUCAAGGCCUUCGCCGCCGGCGUCAUCCUCGCCACCGGCAUGGUGCACAUCCUGCCCGCCGCCUUCGACGCGCUCGGCUCGCCCUGCGGCGCCGGCGGCGCCGCCAGGGGAGGGUUCCCGUUCGCCGGCCUCAUCGCCAUGGCCGCCGCCAUGGUCACCAUGAUGGUCGACUCCCUCGCCGCCGGGUACUACACCCGCUCGCACUUCAAGAAGCCGCGCCCCGUCGACGACGACGCCUCCGACCUGCGCGCCGCCGGGGACGAGGAGCACGCGGGCCACCUCCACGUGCACACGCACGGCCACGCGCAUUCGCACGGACACGGCGGCUCGGAAGCCGCCAGCUCGCCGGAAGAUGCCUCGGCCGCCGAAACGAUCCGUCACAGAGUGGUCUCUCAGGUCCUGGAGCUGGGGAUCUUGGUGCACUCUGUGAUCAUUGGGGUGUCCUUGGGCGCAUCGCUGAGGCCGACGACCAUCAGGCCUCUCGUCGGUGCUCUAAGCUUCCAUCAGUUCUUCGAGGGCAUUGGGCUCGGUGGUUGCAUUGUUCAGGCAAAAUUCAAGGCGAAAGCAACCGUGCUUAUGGCGACCUUCUUCUCCUUCACCGCUCCCAUAGGCAUCGCACUCGGGAUCGCCAUCACGACCAGCUAUAGCAAGCACAGCUCGGUCGCGCUAGUCGUCGAGGGGGUCUUCAACUCGGCCGCGGCAGGGAUUUUGAUAUACAUGGCCCUGGUUGAUCUGCUAGCUUCAGAUUUCAACAACCCGAAGCUGCAGACGAAUACAAGGCUUCAGCUGGCAACCUACUUCGCCCUUUUCAUGGGCGCAGGGCUGAUGUCCCUGCUUGCCAAAUGGGCAUGACAGCAUCACUGAGAUAGGAUGCAUUUGUGUGCACCAUCAUCCAUCCUAAAGACCCCGGCCUUGCUUAUCACUGAUGGGGUUUGUUUCUUAGCGUUGUUGCAUCAUGUGUCACAUCUCUAUCAACCAGAGUUGAGGAAAAAAUUGCCUGAAUGUGACCAAAUCUUAUUAGAGUAAAGGAAAGCUAGAGAAGCCAAAAAGUUGAGUGCAUGUCUCAUGUCUCAUCCCUUGAGAGCAAGUCUGUACCAAAUGAGGCGAUGAUAGAAGUGGUAGCAGUAGUGAUAGUGGGGACAAUGGUAGUUGAACUGAUAUUGGUGGGUGAAACUUUGUAAAGCGGUAGCCUACCUUUUAGAAAUCAACGGAAUGUACAGAUUGUUACUAGCAUUCUCCUGGUUUUCGCGGGAAAGGACAGCUGAAAAAAAUUCCGAAGACAAAAUUCAGACUC